AUGUCUGUUGGGCCUGUCCGCCUACACGCCGUCCUCGCUGCAGAUACGGAGACCCUUGCUGGCCCGAUGAACAGGAAUGGCAAGCCUUCAACAACAGUAUCUCAGGCCGCCUCGUCCGGACCUUCCCUUCAGCAGCUGUUUGCCACGAGGAACAAUUCGACAACGAAAAUUCCACACUAUUCGGUGGCAGCACAAUCUGUGGGAGACAUUGAAGCCGCGGUCAAGUUCGCCAACAAAAGACACCUCUACCUUGUGGUAAAGAACACCGGCCACGAUCACCUCGGGCGAUCGAGUGGACGGGGCGCUUUUGCCAUUUGGACUCACAAUCUGAAAGGGAGACAGUGGACACAGAGCUAUGUCGUCGAGGGUGCACCCGCAGAGAGUCAAGGUGUGACAGCUGUCACACUACAAGCAGGAGAGCAGUGGCUAGAUGUGUAUCGAGCUGCUGCCGAACAGCAUGUGAUCGUCGUCGGUGGCCAUGCUAGAACAGUUGGAGCCGCUGGCGGCUGGUUGACGGGAGGCGGUCACUCGGCCUGGUCGAAUCUUUACGGUCUCGGCGUCGACAAUGUACUGGAAAUCAAAUUGGUCAAUGCGCAGGGAGAGCACGUCACUAUUAAUCAGUAUACUGAUCCAGAUUAUUUCUGGGCCUUGCGCGGCGGCGGAGGAAGCGCAUGGGGUGUCAUAACCUCAGUGACAUAUCGUACUCACCCAGAACCCACGCAUAUUCAGGUGGCCGCUAUACAGAUCAACGCCACUACGAAUUCAAGCCUUCGUCCACUCCUACAAGGGUCUCUAGGUGCGUUGGUGAAUAUGACAAAUGCCGGCUAUACUGGAUACGGAUACCUCAGCAAUGGUUUCUCUGGCCUCUUUAUCCGACCUGGAGGUACCGAUGCAGAACUGGCCCAAGGUUCAGCGGCCUUUCAGCAGCUAGGACUCAUCAACGGCACCAGCUUCGCCGCGUUCAACUUCACUUUUCCCCGCUGGAUUGAUUACUGCAACACAUUUCUUCAGGACCCAAACAUCGCUCUGAAUGUCAUGGAUUCAUCUCGGCUCCUUACUCCGGACAUGGCGUUCAACAAAGCCGAUGAGAUUAUCGACAUGAUGUUGGAGUUUGGUCCGGACCACUAUCCAUCCUUCAACUUUGUUGGGCAUGUCAACUCCACCACGCGGGACAACACGUCAGUUCACCCUUCGUGGCGGGAAGGCCGGGCGGUUAUGAGCUUCGGCACGAACUGGGACGAUGAAGCGCCUGAAACUGAGAAGCAUCAGAAGAGACUUCAAUUGGUUGAAAUGAGCAAGCGAUGGACCAAGAUUGCUGGACCGGCCGGAGGGACGUAUGCGAACGAAGCCAACCCCUUCGAGCCUAACUGGGAAAGAGUCUUUUGGGGAUCCAACUACGAGCGCUUGUUGAGGAUCAAGAGGGCCAAGGACCCUACCGACCUAUUCACCUGCAACCGUUGUGUGGGGUCGGACAUCGUGUAUAAAGCGUGA